AUGACGUGCACUGUGGGAGUGCACUGUGGGAGAGCACUGUGGGAGUGCACUGUGGGAGUGCACUGUGGGAGUGCACUGUGGGAGAGCACUGUGGGAGUGUACUGUGGGAGUGCACUGUGGGAGUGCACUGUGGGAGUGCACUGUGGGAGUGCACUGUGGGAGUGCACUGUGGGAGUGCACUGUGCCUGUGGGAGUGCACUGUGGGAGUGCACUGUGGGAGUGCACUGUGGGAGUGCACUGUGGAGUGCACUGUGGGAGUGCACUGUGGGAGUGCACUGUGGAGUGCACUGUGGAGUGCACUGUGGGAGUGCACUGUGGGAGUGCACUGUGGGAGUGCACUGUGGGAGUGCACUGUGGGAGUGCACUGUGGGAGUGCACUGUGGGAGUGCACUGUGGGAGUGCACUGUGGGAGUGCACUGUGGGAGUGCACUGUGGGAGUGCACUGUGGGAGUGCACUGUGGGAGUGCACUGUGGGAGUGCACUGUGGAGUGCACUGUGGGAGUGCACUGUGACAGUGCACUGUGGGAGUGCACUGUGGGAGAGCACUGUGGGAGUGCACUGUGGGAGUGCACUGUGGGAGUGCACUGUGGGAGAGCACUGUGGGAGUGCACUGUGGGAGUGCACUGUGGGAGUGCACCGUGGGAGUGCACUGUGGGAGAGCACUGUGGGAGUGCACUGUGGGAGUGCACUGUGGGAGAGCACUGUGGGAGUGCACUGUGGGAGUGCACUGUGGGAGUGCACUGUGGGAGUGCACUGUGGGAGUGCACAGUGUACUGUGGGAGUGCACUGUGGGAGUGCACUGUGACAGUGCACUGUGGGAGUGCACUGUGA